AUGGAUAGACGUACCAGAAUGAAUUUUAUGGAGCUGUGCGGGACCGAUGAUCUGACCACGGCUUUGGUACUGGACCCCCUGCUGGGUUUCAACACCCGUAAAAUGAAUGUCACUCCUUUACCAGAGAUCCACUGUUGGGACAUUCUCAAAGAGACCCUGCUGAGCUUUCGACGCACGCACGAUUUUAAUGCAACAUUUGAGGCACUGACGGCAGGAAAACUGGCUGGUGACUAUUUUAACAACCUGGGAAGCCAUCGGCAGGAUCUGCUGAGGCAACAUGUCUGUCGUUACCUCAGUGCCUUUCUGCUGGACAGUGGUGUCACGAUAGAUUCCACUUACAGAUAUUCUUCAGAGACCAAUGGAGCAAAGGUAACCUCGACAAGACACUGGUUUUCAGGACAGCGUAUCAAGGUCCUCAUGGGCUGCAUAGUAGAGGUUAGUGCCUCAGAUCAAGCUGUGCUUCAGGCUGGAGUCAAUGACUUCAGCGUGAUGUAUUCCUUACGCAAAAAAUGUGAUCAGCUCUGGCUCGGGCCUGCGAGAUUUAUUAACCAUGACUGCCAUCCAAACUGCAAAUUCCUGGCAAGGGAGAUGAAUGUUGUCUUUGUUGAAGUGAUCCGACCUAUUUCGCCCGGCGAGGAGAUCACAUGUUUUUAUGGUGCGUGCUUUUUUGGGGAGAGAAAUGAAAUGUGUGAAUGCUACACCUGUGAGAGGAAAGGAGAGGGUCUCUUUAGACAAAUAGGGAAGCAGCCUGACUCUGAAGACACAAGGAACCCCGUGCACCCAAAGUACCAACUCAGGGAGAGAUACCAGAAAGACAUUUCAGCACAAAAUGUGGGAGAAGAGAAGGCCUAUGAAGACAGGGAAGGAAAUGAGCUUGAAGUAAAAAGGAGCAAGCAGAGUCUUGGAGAAAAUCUGACAGCACAGUCAGAGAGAAGUGUUUCUAAAGAGACAGCAGAGAGGCAGCAAGGAAGUACAAUGAUAUGCACAGUUGAAGGUAUCUGUGUUUGGAAUGACCUGUUUGGCAAGAUGGGUGACAAAAUAUGCGGAUUGUGUUUUCGGAGUUACACCAACUUGAAGCAACACCUUAAAGUGUCCCACACUGUAUCCAAUAAAGAUGAGUUCCUCCUUCUCGUGCAAUAUGGGAAUGCACGAACUCAGGACAAAUUGGACUGUCAAAUAUGUGGCAAGAGCAAGCUUUGUCGCCUUGAUAAGCACUUACAAGAGUCACACAACUUGUCAGCAGAGGAACGAGAACCAAUCAUGAGGCAGGCCAAGAGAGCAGUAAUUGUCAAAAGGUUUGCUGCACUGCGGGAGUCCAACCCUGAGAUACCAAUGGUAUCAACGUUGGACUGUGGAGCUGCUCGUGAAUAUGGUACGUGAUACAAUAUGGUACUAACAUGGAUGCCACAGUGUCAGGGCCCAUUCAGUGUUGCUUGCAGCUAGUUUUUUAUGGCUUUUGUGUAGCAACCACAAUGAUAUAUAUACAUAAAUUCGGAACUGUGGAUCAUAGCUUCCAGUUUUAUAUCUGUUUUAUGACAUUACAGAGGAUGACCCACUGUCCAUAGUCCCUACUGAUGAGGAAGUUAGGGAGGUGCCAGAGGGAUCAGAAUCCCAGGAGGAGGAAAACAACUUAUG